AUGAAGAAGACGGAGUAUUCAAGCGCAAAAGCAAACAACGAAGGCCAAAAGAUUUUCGUAACAGUAAAGUGGAUUAACAGCAACAUCGACGAUAUGAAAGAUGAUGAUGAUAUUGAUGAUAAAGAGAAUAUUAACUUUAGAAUUGAGAGUGAUGUUCCUCUAAGAUGGCUAAUAAUUCUUUAUUGUGACAAAUUUGGUUUGAAUUUCGACACAACUCGUUUCGAGUUUAAUGGUGCUCGUUUGAGAGGAUUUGAUACUCCCAUAAAUAUUCAUAUGCUUUCCUUUGAUGUCAUCUACGCUUAUUCUUCUCCAUGUUCAAAUGGCUUAGUCCACUCAAAUAGUCGAGUUCAAGACAAUGAUGAUGGGAGUAGUAGUGGUCUAUACCAGGCAACAAUAUGCAUUCGAAUGCACAAAAAGAAAGAUACAUUAAUUAGGGUGAUACGUGCUACACCGUUAUUACCUCAGCUCGCACUUGGCCUCUCAAAUGCCGGACUUGUUGUUGAAGGCGGCUCUAUGUGCUUUGUUCACGAGGGCACGAGGUUGACUCAAGAGCAUACUGCAAAGGAACUAGAUAUUGUUAAUGGUGAUGUUAUUGACGCCUUUAUUUUUGACAAGUACAGUUGUUCGCUGAGCAUAAUUGAAGCAUCAAAACAUUCACAAGAAUCAGAUAAACUAUAUUUGGAAGUAUCAGUGGCCUCUAAGUACCACGAAACAAUAUAUUUCAGAAUAAAACGAAAUACUCGUUUAAAAAAGUUGAUGGACGCAUACUGUCAACGUUGUGAAAUGCUUAAAGGAGCUCUUUUCUUUUAUCAUGGCCGCAUACUUGACGGCUCAAAGUCACCGGACGAAGAAAAUUUGGUGGAUAAAUCUAUAAUCUAUGCUCUUCCAUUAAUGUUGACGCCGAAAUAG